UCUCCGUGGCCCCACCCCCGCCUGGGCUCCGUCCCCGGGCGCCCCCAGCGCACCCAGCCGGGAUCCCGCCGAACAGCGCGCCCCAGGCGGCCAGCUAUGGAGACGCGAGUGCUUUGGCGCCUGCAACUUCUCUCGCUGCUGCUGGUGCUGCUCUGGGGGGGGUGUGCCCCAGUGGACGGCUGCAACGAGACUCGCAUGCUGGAGAUGCUGCCCCGGUGUGAGAAGGCCUUCGCAGACAUGAUGCACAAGGUGGACGCCUGGAAGUGGUGCAACCUGUCAGAGUUCAUUGUGUACUACGACAGCUUCACCAACUGCACCGAGGAGGAGAGCACAAAGGUGGGCUGCUACUGGCCCAACCCGCUGGCCCAAGGCCUCAUCACUGGCAUCCACAGGCAGUUCUUCUCCAACUGCACGGUGGACAGGCCCCACUGGCAGGAUCCCCCGGACGAGGUUCUCAUCCCGCUCAUCGCUGUGCCCAUCCUGUUGACUGUCGCCAUGGCUGGCCUGGUGGUGUGGCGCAGCAAACGCACUGACCAGCUACUGUGAGGGCCUGGCUAGGCGGAGAGAGAAGACAGGUCCUGGGGGCCGGGAGAGCCUGUGGACACGGCUUUGGCCACCGCCACUCGGCCAUCAGUUCUGGGCAGACGCCACCGACCCGUGCUGCUCACCCAAGCUCUUCGCUCUUCCUUGGGCUGGUGGAAGAAAAUGUCCCGAGGCUGGAGCUUACGUGCUGGGCACAAGUCACUGCUGCUGGGCCUGUGCUGCCAGGCUGGGCUGAGGCUGUGGGGGUUUCUAGGCCAUUCUUUAGCAGAGAGUCCCUCCUGGCCCCAGCCCAGGCCUGGCCCUGACCCCACCUUUUGCCCUGACCCCACCUUUUGCCCUGACCCCACCUCCCAACCUGACCCUACCGCCCACCCUAGCCCCACUUCUGGCCUGGUCAGCCCACUCCCACCUGAGCUGGGGGUGGGGGAAGACAGGGAUGAGGGCAUUUGUGGGUCCCUGCUGUGCAGUCCCUGAGACCUCCUGGCCGACCGAGUCCUCCAUGCACAUCCCUGGAUGAGAGAAGCUGGGAGACUGAGGGUUGGGCUGUGCACAGCCUGCAGAUCUGCUAUCUGUGUCUACAACCAGGGGCUGGAGUGAGAGUGGGCCAGAGCUCCUCUGGGGGCGCGGGGUGCCCAGCAUGAGGCCGGCUGUGCGGUGGGUACAGGCCUCCUUCCUAACCAGCCUCCCUGUGAGCAAGGUGCCCUUCUGGUGGGGUCCUGUGUGCUCACAUGCUGGCUGAGCUCUGUCUACGCCGUCUGUGCUUUCUCAGAGUAAAGAGUAAUGCAACUUCUGCAGUUUCCUGUUUUAUUUCAGGGUGUUCAGAGAGACUGCAGUCUCUUGGGACUGGCAAGUCCCUCAUACCCAUUUUAUAGAUAGGGAGUGACUGAGGCCCCAGCAUCCCAGAAUGUCAGAGCUCCGAGUGGCUCAGAGAGCUUCACGCCAGGAGAAUGUGGGCGGGUGGGAGGGGGACCUGUCCAUCCAGCUCUCAGAUGUUCUCCCCCCGAGGAUAUCCUCGCCCACCCACUCCCGGUAGUGUCCUCACCUGCCCCCCGCUGUAGUGUCCUCACCUACGUCCCGCUGUAGUGUCCUCACUGCUCCUCGCGGUAGUGUCCUCACCCACCCCCUCCCCAUAGUGUCCUCGCCCACCCCCUCCUGGUAGUGUCCUCACUGCCCCCCACUGUAGUGUCCCUUGGGUAAAGUCUCUUUGUUGGAGCCACAUAGUGUGAGCUGUUUCCCUGUGGGACGCCGGGUGGCAUGGGAACUUUGCUAUUUGGGACUGGUGCACCUGCACGGUUCCUGACCCCCAGUGUGCAACUGUCAGAGGGACCAUCUGGGUGGCUCUGUUGGCCCGUGGGUGGUGCCCAUCCUGCCUCUGAGGUCCUGCCUCACCUGGACACCCCCUCCUGGCCACCUUCAGAAGCGAUGCCCCUUCCCUUGGACACCUCUGGCUGCUAGAACGUUCCUUUGUGCUUAUUGACCUGGAAUUUUUCUCCCUGGGACUCCCCCCUUCCCACCUUAGUUCUGCCUCCUGGAGUUGCAUGGGACAUCUCUGUUCCCCCUUCUGCUUAUUCACGUUAUUUUCCCUCAGAUGUUGGCCAGAAGCUCCUGAUGCAGGGACCUGAUGCCACCUUGGGGGCGGCUUGGGGUCUGGUGCUGCCUUUUUCUGUGAAAUUGCUGAGGCCUGUGAGACCCUGCUCCUGCAUGAGGUCCCCCCCACCCAUGCUUUUCUGGUGCAGAUUCUCCUUCAGCAGAGCAGGAAAUGGGGAGGCUUUGUUGUUUCUGAGGCCUGUGGCUCUCUGCAAUGCUCAAGAUACAGUGUAAUAUACAGCAUGGAAGGUCAUCAAUAAUAUUGUAAUAACCUUGUAUGGUGAUGCAUGGUUACCAGACUUGUCCUGGUGAUCUUUUCCUUAUAUAUAUAAAUGUCAAAUCACUAUGUUGUACACCUGAAACUAAUAUAAUAUUGUAUGUCAAGUAUAUUUCAAUAAUAAUAAUAAUAAUAAUAAUAAAAGAUACAGUGUAAUUCCA